AUGGAUACCCCGAACUCGGAGAACAACAAGGAGCUGAACCACACAUCGAGUCACGACGAUGUUGUUCGCCGUGUCGCAACUGCGGACAGUGUUUGGAUUCCCAGGGAUGUCUUUGAGAAGCUGUACCUCAACCCUGAGAAACCUGUCGCUGGAGAUCUGAGGAAGAAAUUUGCCAAUCCAACCCCAGUUGCCCUCAUUGGAUUCGUUAUUGCGGCGACGCCUUACUCCAUCUCAAGCAUGGGCUGGCGUGGAGCAGGAGGUCUGGGAGGUGCUCUGAUCCCCGUCAUGAUCUUCUUCGGAGGUGGAAUCCAAAUUCUCGCUGCGUGCGCUGAGUGGGUGUUGGGCAACACUUUCUCCAUGUGUUUGUUCUUCACCUACGGAACGUUCUGGGUCGUCGCUGGGACACAGCUGAUCCCUUGGUUCAAUGUCGGCUCGCAAUACUCCAACCCUGUUGGCAACACUUUCCAAGGAAUGGACGAACCCGCCUACUUCGCCACUUUCGGAUUCUACUAUAUGUCUCUGGCGGUUCUCACCGUGAUCUUCACAAUUUGUAGUCUUCGCACCAACAUCGUAUUCGUUAGUGCGUUGACGACCCUUAUUGUGGCGUUCUGUUGUGGUGCCGGCGCCUUCUGGAACCUGGCGGAAGGCAAUGUCGAGAUAGGAGGGAAGCUGGUUGUUGCAUCCGGCGCAUGUACCUUCGCACUCACCUCGAUGGUCUGGUACCUCCUUGCUGUCCAGCUGCUGGAAUCGGUAGACUUCCCGGUCACCUUGCCAGUAGGUGACUUGAGUAAAGUCAUUAAAGGCAAAUCAGAACGUGCUCAGGCAAAGAUGAGACAAGAAUAG